AUGUUGGUUUUAUUGUUCGAAAUUCAGGAGCAGAAGUAUAAUAUUUCAGAGGGAGAAAGAGAACCUCUUGGUGAGAACGAAGGUGAGACCACAAGUGAGACCACAUUUGCGAUCACAGGUAAGACCACAGGUGAGGCCACAGGUGAGAACACAGGUAAGACCACAGGUGACACCACAGGUGACACCACAGGUGAGAUCACAGGUGACACCACAGGUGAGACCACAGGUAAGACCACAGGUGAGACCAAGGAUGAUACCACAGUUGAGACCACAGGUGAGACCACAGGUGAGACCAAGGGUGAGACAACAGGUGAUAUCACAGGUGAGACCACAGGUGAGACAACAGGUGAUAUCACAGGUAGGACCACAAGUGAGACCACAGGUGAGACCACAGGUGAGACCACAGGUAAGACCACAGGUGAGACUACAGGUGAGAUCACAGGUGAGACCACAUAUGAGACCACAGGUGAGACCGCAGGUGAGACCACAGGUAAGACCACAGGUGAGAUCAAGGGUGAUACCACAGUUGAGACCACAGGUGAGACCACAGGUGAGACCACAGGUGAGACCACAGGUGAGACAACAGGUGAUAUCACAGGUGAGACCACAGGUGAGACAACAGGUGAUAUCACAGGUAGGACCACAAGUGAGACCACAGGUGAGACCACAGGUAAGACCACAGGUGAGACCACAGGUGAGAUCACAGGUGAGACCACAGAUGAGACCACAGGUGAGACCGCAGGUGAGACCACAGGUAAGACCACAGGUGAGAUCAAGGGUGAUACCACAGUUGAGACCAGAGGUGAGACCACUGGUGAGACCAAGGGUGAGACCACAGGUAAGACCACAGGUGAGACCACAGGCGCUUACAUAUAA